CUUGCCUUCAUCAAGCAAUCGGAGCAUACGCGCCGUGCAGGAGAUUGCGGGCAGACAGUGCAGCUAGCGACGAAAAAGCGGAGGUGUGGAGAGACCUGGGGAACUAGGUUCCUGGGUCAUUCGACACGCCAUCCUCGGCAUGCGGUAACAAUGUAACAACAAGCAGGGCAACCCGGCACUUGCUUGAGAGGUAUAAAGCGCGUGUGGAUCGCUGUGUGGGGUUGGUAUCCUCUUGUUGCAGCACCGCGGCCUCAAGAAAGUUGAUCAUUCACGAUGGCGCUUCCUCCUAAGUGGUACCAGUUCCUGGUUGGCCUCUUCGCCUCCCUCGGAUCCCUCCUUUACGGUUACGAUUUGGGUGUUAUUGCGCAGGUCAUCGCCUCGCAGUCAUUCAAUGCUGAAUUCAAACCCCUUCCGAACGAAACAGGUGCGGUAGUAUCGGUCUUCACAGGCGGUGCCUUCUUCGGUGCUGCUUUGGCCGGCCUUGCUGGUGACAAGCUUGGUCGUCGAUGGACCAUCUUCAUUGGUGCUGCCAUCUUCUGUCUCGGAGGUGCUCUCCAGACUGGAGCCCAGUCUCUUGCGUACCUGUACUCUGGACGUGCUAUUGCUGGCCUUGGUGUCGGUACUCUUUGCAUGAUCAUUCCCCUGUACCAGGCCGAGUUGGCUCACCCCAGCAUUCGUGGUCGUGUCACUGCUCUCCAGCAGUUCAUGUUGGGCAUCGGUGCGUUGUGCGCAGCCUGGAUCUCUUACGGUACCUACGUUGGAUUCUCGCCUACCGACAACGGUCAAUGGCGAACUCCUCUCGGUAUCCAGGUCAUCCCCGCUGUUCUGCUCGCAACGCUUAUCAUGAUAUUCCCUGAGUCGCCGCGUUGGCUCAUAGAUCAUGGUAAGGUUGAGGAAGGUCUCAAGACUCUUGCCAGGCUCCACGCUCAUGGCGAUGAGACCGACCCCUGGGUCCAGGCCGAAUUCCAGCAGAUCCAGGAUACUAUUACCUUCGAACACGAACAUGAGGCGAAGUCGUACACCGAGUUGUUCACCGACAGGUCUUGCUUCCGUCGUCUUUUCCUUGCCUGCGCCAUUCAGGGUUCUGUCCAGAUGACCGGUGUCUCCGCUAUCCAGUACUACUCUGUCGAGAUUUACUCUCAGAUGGGUAUUGCUGGUGACGACACUCUGAAAUACCAGGCUAUUUCCUCCAUCAUUGCUCUGGUCGCUCAGGCUUUAUGUAUCCUCCUCAUCGACAAGUUCGGUCGCCGCUGGCCCCUUAUCUUCGGUAACCUCGGAAACACGGUUACUUUCAUCAUCUCUAUCAUCUUGCUUGCUGUCUUCCCUCCCGGCUCGAGCAACAACAGCGCUGCCGCUUGGGGUUUCAUCGUUACCACCUGGGUCUACAACUUCAGUUUCAGUGCCACCUGUGGGCCGUUGUCCUGGAUCAUCCCCGCUGAGAUUUUCGACACAAAGACUCGUUCGAAGGGUGUCGCGCUUGCUACGAUGGUAUCGUUCGGUUUCAACACCAUGAUCGGACAGGUUACCGGAAUCGCGAUGAAGAGCGUUGGCUGGAGAUUCUACAUACUGUUCGUCGUUUGCAACUUUACAAACGCGAUCUUCUUCUACUGCUUCCUGCCCGAGACCGCCAAGCGUCCUCUUGAGGAGAUGAACUACCUCUUCACCAACGCUCCUUACUUCGUUCCUGGCAUGAACAAGCGUGACUGGCAGAGCACUGAUAUCGAGCGCCGUGUCGCAGAGGUCGAGGCCAAGCAGGGAUCUAUUUCCCAUCACGAGGGUACCUACGAACAGAAGUUCUAAGCGAAUGACUGAGAAGUCACGGGCUUGACAUUCAAUAGCUCUCGAUGGGCCGAUCGGAAGUGCCAAGUAGCAGUAGUAAUAGAGUUGUAGCGAUGAGAAGAAGACAAUGUAAUUCAGUCUAUUCUGG